GACGGAUUAUCCACACACACCAUGGGAGUACUUCUAUUUGUACUUGAAUUAAAUACAAUGAUGAAGAGUACACUCUCGUACUUUUCACGCAGCCUUCGAUUCUUGGCUGGUUUGAUAGCCUUCCAUUUCCACUCCUUUUUUAUUCAACUUUGUUAUUUGAUGAUCCUUUCUCUGGUUGGUUACUUGGGUCUUAAGGUUUCAAAGCCAAGGAACCCUGUUAGGCUCAAUGACUUGGACCUCUUUUACACCUCCGUUUCUGCUUCCACAGCUUCUAGCAUGGUAGCCGUUGAAAUGGAGGUUUUCUCCAAUUCUCAACUCAUUCUCUUCACCCUUCUCAUGUUUCUUGGCGGGGAAGUUUUCACUUCCAUGCUCGACCUUCUAUUUGCUGGUUAUAACUUACAAAACAAAGUUAGCAUCAAUCCUUUUCCACCCACAAAUCAUGCAAAUCAAAUAGAGCUUGGUUUAGUACUUUCUAUUCCUCACUCGGAUUCAGAAAACCACAAUCCAUGUGACAGUAAUAUUAUUAACGUUGCAUCAUGCGAUAGACUCAAGUAUAACUGUCUUAGUUAUUUGACAUAUGCAGUUUUAGGUUACCUUGUGAUGGUUCAAUUUGUUGGCUUUAGUUUUGUGUCUUUGUAUAUGACUUUGGUACCGAGUGCAAGACAAGUACUGAAAAACAAAGGCAUCAAGAUUGUAACAUUUUCUUUGUUUACCGUAGUUUCCACUUUUGCUAGUUGUGGUUUUGUCCCCACCAAUGAGAACAUGAUAGUUUUCAAGAAGAAUUCGGGGCUUCUCCUCCUAAUCCUCCCACACGUCUUUCUAGGUAACGCCCUGUAUCCACCAUGCUUGAGGCUUUUGAUAAUGGUUUUGAAAAAAGUUACAAAGAAAGAGGAAUUCUCGUACUUGCUGAAGAAUUCCGUAGAUGUGGGCUAUGAACAUUUGCUCUCUGAUCUUCGUUGUUGCUUCCUGGUUGCUACUGUCUUGGGAUUCAAUCUUAUACAAUUUGUGAUGCUUUGCUCUUUGGAGUGGAAAACCAAAAUCAUGGAGGGUUUGAAUGUGUAUGAGAAAGUGGUGGCGUCAUUAUUUCAAGUAACAAACGCGAGACACGCUGGUGAAUCUGUUUUUGAUCUCUCCUCCAUCUCUUCAGCCAUAUUAGUACUCUUCGUUGUCAUGAUGUACCUCCCACCAUACACUACCUUCUUGCCAGUAAGAGAGCACGAAAAGGAUGUCAACAAGAGAAACGAAAAAAGCGUAGUGGAUUGUCUUGUAUUGUCUCAGCUCUCUUACUUGGUCAUUUUCAUUAUUCUGAUUUGCAUCACUGAGAGUAAAAGCUUAAAAGAGGAUCCUCUCAACUUUAACGUGUUGUACAUCACCUUAGAAGUCAUCAGUGCUUAUGGUAACGUAGGGUUCUCAACGGGAUACAGCUGCGCUAGGCAAUUGAAAACUGAUGCAACGUGCAAAGAUUCAUGGGUUGGAUUCUCGGGUAGGUGGAGUAGCAAAGGCAAGUUCAUCCUUAUCUUGGUCAUGUUCUUUGGGAGGCUCAAGAAAUUCAACAUGAAAGGUGGCAAAGCAUGGAAGCUCUCCUGGCCAGUAUAAGAUUAACAACAUAAACUUCAUUCACAUAGUAAGCAAAUAAAAAAAAAAAAUAAGAGCAUAUUUAAGCUGCACGCAGCAGUAGUAUAGUGACCACUUACCAAAAAUUUAUUCAGCCACCAAAGCAAAUUAAACUAUAUAUGUAUAUAUCAUACGCUAACGCAGAUGUUUACUCCAUGGAGCUGAUGUGAGCAUGAGUAAUAUAAUAGACAUUAAUUUGGCA